AUGGAACGUCCAAUCAACGUGAAACCGACAAAUUACUCGGUUGUCGACAAUGAAUUCGGAAAUAUGAGAGAUCGUUUCGAGGCUGAGAUGAGAAGAGUCGAAGAUGAGAUGAAAAGGCUCAGACAAGAGUUUGAAGGCUACAGCUCUCGUGCUCCACCCCAGCAGGCGAUCACAAAUCAAUCUCAGCAAUCAAAUCAAUCUCACUAUUCAACCUCAUCAUCGCAACAAAAUCGCUCUUAUUCGAGCCAGGGACAUCGGGAUGAGCGUGGACAUUUUGGUGGCGAUCUGAUGGCCGUUCGGCCGAGCUAUGACCCAUAUUUGGACAAUUUAAAAAGUCCACUCAUUCGCGAUGAAUCCGAUGGAAAAACGCUUAGACUUCGCUUCGACGUGGCUCAAUAUAAGCCCGAGGAGGUGACAGUGAAAACCAUCGACAAUCGUCUGCUCGUCCACGCGAAACACGAGGAAAAAUCCCCGCAACGCACCGUUUUCCGUGAAUAUAAUCAGGAAUUUCUUCUUCCCCGUGGCACAAAUCCUGAGUUGAUCAGCUCGACUUUGUCAACUGAUGGAGUGCUCACCGUCGAGGCGCCACUUCCACAGCUCGCCAUUCAACAU